AUGUUCUUGACCAGAAGCGAAUACGAUCGUGGAGUAAACACCUUCUCUCCGGAAGGUCGUCUCUUUCAAGUGGAAUAUGCCAUUGAAGCCGUGAAAGUAAGGAUGCUGUUGAUUUUUUUUAUUAUUCUUUAGCUCGGCUCUACCAGUAUUGGUAUCCGUACAAACGAAGGCGUCUUAUUAGCUGCUGAGAAGAGAGCUUCCUCCAAACUGAUGGUAAAUGAUGCCGUGGAGAAGGUUUCGAAGGUCGAUGAACAUAUUGGUGAGUUCAAAUAAUUUUUUACCUUUCUUUAGGUGUCACUUUUGCUGGUCUCAUUGCUGAUUCCCGAACAUUGGUUGAAAGAGCUCAAGUAGAAUCUCAGAAUUUCUGGUUUACCUACAAUAGGAAGAUCAGGGUUGAAGAUGUUACCCAAUCUGUGGCAAAUUUGGCCCUCCAAUUUGGAGAUGAUGAUGUAAAAGCCUCUAUGUCUCGUCCUUUUGGUGUUGCCAUGUUGUUUGCUGGAGUUGAUCAAACUGGUCCCAAGUUGUAUCAUCUUGACCCCUCAGGCACUUUCAUCGAUUGUCUGGCGAAGUCGAUCGGAGCUGCUUCAGAUGGGGCCGAGCAGAAUUUGAAGGAACACUAUCAUGAGGUAUGUUUUUAAUGGAAAAUUGGUUUUGUUAUCAAGCCUUUAUUUGUAUUAUUUUAGAAUUUGGCCCUCCGAGAAGCUGAGAAGGUAGCGUUGACCAUUCUGAAGCAAGUGAUGGAAGAAAAGUUAACCAGCUCCAACGUCGAAUUGGUUACAAUCACCCCGAUUGAGGACAAGAAUGGUCGACAAAUUGGAAAGUUCGAACGAUUGAACAAAGAACAACUUGAAUCCCUGGUGGCUGAACUCUAA